AUGGCUGCCUCCAUGAGGAAAGCGGCGCACGACAUAGAAACGCGAAAGCGGACCGAUGAUGUGCUUUUAUCGGAGAGGAUCGACUUUAACUCCCUGCUGUUGUCUCAGGCCGUGCUGGAAGGACUGUCCUCCUCCGGCUUUCAGAAACCCUCCCCGAUCCAGCUCAAGGCGAUCCCGCUGGGCCGCUGCGGACUCGAUUUGAUUGUGCAAGCCAAGUCUGGCACGGGGAAGACAUGCGUGUUCUGCACCAUCGCUCUGGACUCUCUGGUCCUGGAGAAUACUGCAACUCAGGUUCUUGUGCUGGCUCCAACACGUGAGAUAGCAGUGCAGAUCCACUCAGUCGUGAUGGCGAUAGGCUGUGCCAUGGAGGGCCUCGAGUGCCAUGUUUUCAUCGGCGGCAGGCCUGUUAGUCAGGACAAGACCAAUCUGAAGAAGUGCCAUAUAGCUGUUGGCUCACCUGGUCGUAUCAAGCAGCUUAUCGAGCUGGGCAUGUUGUCCACAGCCAGCAUCAGACUGUUUGUUCUGGAUGAGGCUGACAAGCUGCUGGAGGAGGGCAGCUUCCAGGAACAGAUAAAUUGGAUCUUCUCCUCGCUGCCUGUCAACAAACAGAUGCUGGCGCUCUCUGCUACCUACCCAGAAUCCCUCGCUCAGCAUCUUACCCGCUAUAUGAGAGAGCCCACAUUUGUCAGACUCAAUCCUAAGGCCAUGGGCCUCAAAGGUCUGAAGCAGUAUUACAAGCUGGUGCAGUCCCAUACGUUACCUCACAAGGUGUUUGAGGAGAAGGUGCAGCACUUGCUGGAGCUGUUCAGUAAAAUACCGUUUAACCAAGCACUAGUGUUCUCCAACCUACACACAAGGGCUCAGCACCUGGCAGACAUCCUGUCCUCCAAAGGCUUACCUGCUGUAUGCAUCUCAGGUGGUCUGAGUCAGGACCAGAGACUGGAGGCCAUGUCAAAACUGAAGCAGUAUCAAUGCAGAGUUCUCAUCUCCACUGAUCUGACUUCCAGAGGUAUAGAUGCAGAGAAAGUAAACUUGGUGAUAAACCUGGACGUGCCGCAGGACUGGGAAACCUACAUGCACCGAAUUGGACGGGCUGGCCGCUUCGGCACUCAGGGGCUGGCUGUGACCUACUGUUGCCAUGGCGAAGAGGAGAACAAGAUGAUGGCCAUCGCUCAAAAGUGCGGCCUGAGUUUAUCUGCAUUGCCAUCCACCAUAGAGCCUGGGUUGAUGGAUGAGCCUUGUGACUGGGAUGUCUGCACCGAGGCGUCAACUCCACGCGCUCAAUCCCAGCUCUUCUCCAAGACAGACAAGAGGAGACAUGCCAAGGUCAACAUUCCUGCUCCUGCUCCUGCUCCUGCUGCUGCUGCUGCUGCUGCCUCAGUCACGGAUCAAACUGUGGAGCAUAGUGCUCAAAGAAAGCCAGAGAAGACCCAUCCAGCAGCCAGAUUGGGAGCGCACCGUGACGUGAAUCCUAGAAAAGCAUCCCCUGCAAAGGACGCUCUGCCAGUGCCCACUCGAAAAGAGCGGCAAGAUGCUCUGCCAAAGAUUCCUCUGCUGACCUCGUUCAAGAGUUGCAGGUCAGGGUUUAUGACCUUCGAGGAGGCUGAGCGGGACUUGGAGAUGUUCAUUACCACCGGUUUAGGGAGAUCAGUGGAGUUCAUCAGGGAGUUCAGAGGUGGAGAGGACAGCCACACAGUGUCUGUCAUAGUUGAGGAUGACGGAACUCAGAGUGUCUCACAAAGCUGUAAACGUUGGAAAUCUGAGUUUUCACCUCCAAAAUCAAUUUCUGGUUCUUCAAGCUCCCAAUCUGAUAUGGAGGAGAGCCAACAGGAUGGUGAGAGACUGGGGCAAUUAGAUACAACUAGAGGAGAUGAAUACAGGGCAGUCACUAAGACAGAAGAAAGUCAUAGAUCCACUGUUGUCAAACCAAAAGUAGAGCCCACUAGAACUGAGCCUCAAAGGAUCAGUGGCACAAGUGGCAGAGCCUUUUCUCCAUGUGAAAACUAUGAAUCAGUGCCAUGUAUGACGUCAAGCAGGCAGAUGGCUCCAGCACGAACCAGCAAAAACGAAUCAAGAAAGACGAAGGAAGAGUUUGGGAAACGGAGCAAAAAGGUUUCUGAGAAGACGAGGAGGGAGCAGAGGAGGGAAAGGGUUGAGGAAGAACAUGAUGAGGAAGAACAUGAUGAGGAAGAGGAGGAGUUGAAUGCUGAAACUUACUGGAGAGACUGCUACAGAGCCUGGACUAAUUACUACGCCUCCAUGUCUCCCUUUCAAGAGCAGGGUUACCAAAGCUACUACAGUGUAGCUCACAACUGGAUGGCAGCUUACCGUAUGAAUGCUGUUUACAUGGAGGAACUCAUGAAAUACUGACUUGUGUGACCUGUAUUUAAUCUACAUCUUAUAAGAAAAUAUAAGUCUUAAUAUCUGCAAAAAAUCAAUUGAAAUUGCAGGUUCUCAGUACAAAUAUUUGCACUUCUGAUCUGACAUACUGCACUUAGAUGUUUGUGAGUAAGUACCUUUUCAAGGAAUGAAUACUAUAUGCUGUAUGUCACUAUUACAUUUCUAAUAAAUUACCAGUAUGGAGCACAUUUU